AUGGAGGAUUCGGGCCAAGAGGCAGCAGCACCUUUGCCAAAAGACAAAAAGGAAGUUGUAGGAAAGAUGUAUGGAAAGCAAAGUUCUGAGCAAAACCAGUUAACGGGGGAGCUGGAGAAUUGCUCUGGUCUACCUUGUUCAGAUAUCAAUGUCUUAUUGGACACAGAUGAUAGCCAUGAAAAAGAAGUGUGUUCAAGGUGUGGGAAAAUACUCCAAGAUGAAUCUGGAUUAUGUGACUGUUGCCACAGCCCUGCUGGUGAGAAACAAGAUGAAAGCAGGCAACACCCCAGAAGGGACCUUCCUCCUCCUUUACGUGAAAGAAUAAAAAAAGAAGGGAAACCAUACAAAUGUACAGAGUGUGCAGAAAGCUUCGGUACAAGCCGCUCUCUUGCUUCACAUAAAAAGAUUCACAAAGCAGAGGAGCCACAUAAAUGUAUGGAUUGUGGAAGGACCUUCAGGCAGAAAAACCAUCUUAAUUCACAUCAGAGGAUGCACAAAGAGAAGAAGCAGCAUCAAGGCAUCCCCUGUGGAAAGACCGUCGGAAGCAGCGCCUCCCUUACUUCCCAUCAAAGCCUCCACAGACAGGAAAAGUUGCACCAACACAGGGAGGGUAGAACAAGGUUUACUCAGAGCAAAGAACCGAAUUCCUGGAAAAAAAGCCCCACUGGGAAGAAAUCAUGUAAAUGCCUGGAAUGUGGGAAGAGCUUCUGCUCUAUAAGUGACCUCAGUUGCCAUAAUAGGACCCAUACAGGGGAAAAGCCCUAUCAUUGCACAGUGUGUGGAAAAAGCUUUGCACAAAAGGGCAAUUUCAAUUUACAUAAGAGGAUCCACACUGGAGAGAAGCCAUAUAAAUGCAUAGAGUGUGGGAAAUGCUUCAAAGCCCCCG